UGCAGGCCACAGAAAGAGACAGAGUGAUGGGACCGCAAGGGCGUGCUGGCCCCUUCUGGGAGUGGUAUGGGACCAGGGUAGGCGGGGAGUCUGCCUUCGCCUCGCUACACCACUGACUGGGAGCUGCCUAAGAUUUCUCAGGCCCAGGAUGGAAUUUCUCAUCAGAAAGGGACCAGACCACCCCAAGGUCAACAUUUCUGCAUAGGGAAGAUGGAGGCUGAAGUCCCUGCUCUGAAGCAGGCAGUGAGAGAUGUGAACCCAUCCCAGAGAGUACAUUGGUCUUUGCUGUUUCACAUCAGAUCUGCCCCUGUGGGAGCUGGCUGAAGCAGCAGCAAGAGGAGGUGGCGGCUAACCAACCCUGUCCUUGUUGGAUUACUUUGUAGCACCAACAUGCGCUGAUCUCUGCCUUGCAUCAGAUCCAUCCCAGCCGUCUCUUUGUGAGUGAGUGAGCCCACUUGAAGCAGCAGCAGGAGCAAGAGGCUGCAGCUAGCCCUGCCCUCACUGGGCUUGCAUUAGCACAGCAUGCAUUGAUUUGCUGCCUUGUCUUAGACCCAUCCCAGCCAUCGGGGUGCGUGGUGCAUGGUGUGGGAGAUACACUGUCUCUAUAAUAAAUGAUAGAGGAUACAAUGACUUUGCUGUCUCUGCUGGGCCGGAUCAUGCGUUACUUCUUGCUAAGACCAGAGACCCUGUUCCUGCUGUGCAUCAGCCUGGCCCUCUGGAGUUAUUUCUUCCACACCGAUGAAGUGAAAACCAUCGUCAAGUCCAGCAGGGAUGCUGUGAAGAUGGUGAAGGGCAAGGUGGCUGAGAUCAUGCAGAAUGAUAGGUUCGGGGGGCUGGAUGUGCUGGAUGCAGAGUUCUCCAAGACCUGGGAGUUCAAGAGCCACAAUGUGGCCGUCUACUCCAUCCAAGGGCGGAGGGACCACAUGGAGGACAGGUUCGAAGUGAUCACGGACCUUGUCAACAGGACCCAUCCCUCUAUCUUCGGGAUAUUUGAUGGGCAUGGAGGAGAGUCAGCAGCAGACUAUGUGAAGUCCCGCCUGCCUGAAGUCCUGAAACAACAUCUUCAAGACUAUGAGAAAGACAAAGAAAACAGUGUGUUGUCUUACCAAACCAUCCUGGAACAGCAAAUUCUGUCAAUAGACCGAGAAAUGCUGGAAAAAUUGACUAUAUCCUAUGAUGAAGCAGGUACUACCUGUUUGAUUGCAUUGCUGUCAGAUAAAGAACUUACAGUGGCCAAUGUUGGUGAUUCACGGGGAGUCCUGUGUGAUAAGGAUGGAAAUGCUAUCCCUUUGUCACAUGAUCACAAACCCUAUCAACUGAAGGAGAGAAAGAGGAUUAAAAGAGCUGGUGGCUUCAUCAGCUUUAAUGGCUCCUGGCGUGUUCAGGGGAUUUUGGCCAUGUCCCGCUCACUAGGAGAUUAUCCACUGAAAAAUCUGAAUGUUGUUAUCCCUGACCCAGAUAUUCUGACCUUUGAUCUGGACAAACUACAGCCGGAGUUCAUGAUCUUAGCAUCUGAUGGCCUGUGGGAUGCUUUCAGCAAUGAAGAGGCUGUUCGAUUCAUCAAGGAACGCCUGGAUGAACCACAUUUUGGUGCAAAGAGUAUAGUUCUGCAGUCAUUUUACAGAGGAUGUCCUGAUAACAUAACAGUUAUGGUGGUGAAGUUCAGGAAUAGCAGCAAAACAGAAGAACAGUGAAUUUAUAACAGCUCUCUCCCUCUUCUCUGGUGAACUUAAAAUAAACUCUUGUAUUUUAAUGUGGUAGAAAGUUCUAGUAAUUAUCAUUAGGAUUGUAUGUAAAAGGAAUGGGAAAGAUCCCUCUGAUCUGUUCUUUGCUGAACAAAAAGAACAACACGGCAACUAUGUUUUGGAUAGUUAUAAUAAUUAAGUUCCCCACAUUGUCCUGCCUCACAUGACCUGCCCCUCCUUUGAAAUGGAAGGGUCAGGUCAUAUUCUAGUUAAUUUCUAAGGUGUAAAAUUCCUGCCUAAGGCUUUUUCAAAUACUGAUGAUUUCUUAAUUUUCCUUUCUAAUAGCUGAAGCUGCAUUCAAAUUGGCACUGAAGGGGCAAGGCAGUCAUAAGCGAGUGAUAGGAAUGACCCUGCUUUUCACUCAUAUAUGAAACUAAUCUCACAGUUGCACUCUUCAGUGCUUUGCAUCCUUGUUUAUCUAAUCUGCAGUGAUAGUCAGAUUGAAAAAGAUUUGUAAUUAUUGAUCUGUGCUUUACAUGAAGAAAAAAGAGAAGCUAAACGCUAGCCUCUGCCAGUCCACAAUUGGCUACCCUCUGCCAGUCCACAAUUGGCCACCCUCUUCAUAAUUUCAUAAUGAAAUAUGCCCUUUCUACUACAUGAUUAAGUAAAUAAUUGAGUUCCGUGUAUCCAUGUGACUAUCCAGUCUGUGUAUGAUUUUCAUUACACUUCCCCAUGCCAUACUGUAUUCAAAUCAACUGAUAAACUCCCUCACCAAAUUCUGAGGUUUGAUGCCUUCAGUCACCAAGAAACUAGUUCUGUCAUUGUUGAAGACUGCUUAGCAUUGAUUCAGUUCACACUUGCUUCUGCUUUUUAGCAAAGAAUUUUCAUAGACAAGUAGAGAAAAAAAUACAAGAUGCUUUCAAGCAAGGCAGAGCUUUUUAUGAUGUUCUGGGGAGUUUCAGUAACACUGAAACUUAAUUCAAAAUAUUUGUCAAAGAAAAAAACCCUAAAACAACGCUUAUGGCACUUAGCGUUCAAGGCUGUACACCACCAUUGCCAUGUAAAUUAUUGGGAAUAUGCUUUAGUGCUGAAACAUUCUCAUAACUGUAACCAAGAAACUUUUAAGUUCUGAUUUUCAACAAUAAUUGUAUUUGGAAUCGGUAAAUAAUGUAAAUUUUAGUAUAGACAGCAACCUUUCAAAUCUGGUAUAGAUCUGGAAAUCGCUGGUUACUUUAUCAUAUAGUGAUCUGGAAACAGAACAGUAACAGAGAAUAGAUAGUGUCUUGGAUUCUCUUUGUGAAUAAUAGAUCAGACAUACUAAUGAAAACCGGAAAAUCUAAAACAGAAAGAGAAGAGUGUGGGCACAGGCUUCUUACCUCAUUUUGAGACCUUCAUGGAAUUGAUUGUUUAAUGAAAGAUUUAAUUAAAAGAUCCAACAGCUGUACUAAGGGGAAAAAAAACAAAUUUAGUGGAUUUUUAAUUGUAGCUUUGCAAUCAAACUGAAGUCGUAAGAGGAAAUAUUAAUGAUCUCACUUCAGUUAAAUUGCACUGAUCUCAUUUCUAAAGCUCUUCCAGGUUAGAGUGCUCUGCAAUGAUGUGAAUGUUGUGCAGAGGUUUCAUGAUGGUCCUUUUAAGUGUGAAACCCUGUACAAUGCUAGAGCAGGAGUUCUCAAAGUGAACUCCAAGGAGCAUUUGCUGAAGCCUUUGCCUUCCCCUUUCCAGCUGCUUCGAGAGGCAGACAGGCCCGUUCUUGCAGGAAAGAAUCCAAAUGGUUGUGGAAACAGCUUCUUAGGGAAAAAGAGAGAGGCUGAGAGGUUUACUCCGCAAAGGUACCGCUACAAAUGUAGAGGAGGAACCUGUAGAAAUGAGCAGGUAAUAUAGCCCUGGAGCUUUCUCAAUCGAGUACUUCAGCAGAAAACCGAAUUACUUCAGCCUGUAGCUACAAUCUUGCUGUAAUGAAUCUGAGUUAUGACUUCCAUACAUACACAGGUGGGGAGCUGGAACUAGAAUGAUGGUCCUUUAAUCCCAAUCUGUAUGCCUCUACCACAUGAGCUAAAGGAAAAUUCUCGAAGCAGGUACUAAGAUUAGGCCCUGUACCCUCCCUGUAGCUCAGCCAAUAGAUCACAGAAGGGAACUCCAGAGCUCUACAGGAGUGCAGGUAGAGUCACUUCACCUCCUGUGGAGCAGCUAGACCUGUAUCAGGAGCCCAGGAAAAAGGAUUUGACUGUGUUGUUAACUGUAGAUUUACAAAUUCAAGUACCAUAGUUGACACAGGUAAGGUGUGGGGUGGUGAUUGGGAAGGCAGGUAGGUGAUCCACAAGAUACUGUUGCCUUAGCAAUGGGCCUAGAGCGUUGCACAGGACUAUUCUUUAAUCCUGCUCCCACUAUUAUGGCAGCAGGAUCUAUGUGAUCUCAAUCCUGCUGCAAGGCUGGGCUCUACCACAGUGUAGAAGCAUUUGAGAAACUCAGUACAGGAGCACAGAAUAGCUUUUGUGGGUGGCACUGACCUAUGUAUUUAUUCCAGGAUUAGACUCAGAACUUACUCUUGCCUGAUAACUAAACAAAGCUAUUUCAGCCUAUGUUCAAUGUUUGCAUUUGUGAAAGCAUUAGUUAUUUUUCUACCUUUUCUUGAAUUUUCCUUUUAUUUUUUUCCUUGAUGGUUAACUCCUUUGCUAUGCACUGUGUAUGAAACCUGUAGCUUUAAUAGUCUGCCAUAGCACUGUCAAUAACUGCAAUAACUCCCUUCCUUUGCCAAAGAAAUUCACUUCCGCCAUCUGUGUUUGAUGUGACUGGUGGAUUUUAUUCUUAAUUUAAAAAAAAAGGGGGGGGAGGGAAGAGAGACUCACUUUAGGGUUAAAGAAAGUGGUAUAUGAAGAGGGAAGGGACUGUGCAAAUUUGCCCCCACACUCUGUCAAUGCAUCUACCUUAAAAACCUACUUUCCUAAGCCUUUCCCUGUAAACCCUGCCAGUCAUGUUGAAGUUUAUAACGAUUUUGUGAGGUGGACAGCUACCCACAAGGGACAAGACUAAGAAGAUAUACAUCUCACUUAUAAAAGUCUUUAAUGUUCAGGUGGUUGGGACACUCACCUGGGAUGUGGGAAACCAAGGCUCAAGGCCCUGCUCCAUAUCAGAGUGGGGAUUUGAAAACAGGCCUCCUGUAUCUCAGAUGCAUGACCAAACCACUGACCUACUGUGUAUUCUUGUGAGGGAUGGACACACAUUGCUUUCCCCUCCCCACCCAAAAAAUGUCCUGAUCAGUUUGUCCCCAGCUGUCUUUAAGGGGGUUAGGGGUGCUCGGAGCAUACCUAUCAAAACAGGCACCACAGGCAAGAGAGGCAGGGAAUGUCUCGCUGGCAGUGAGUAGCUUGGUGGUAUCAUUACCUUCGGUGCUUUUGCACAGGCCCAGCAGCAGAAACUUAGGCACCUAGGGAGCUUAGGUGGGUACAGGGUGAGGCAGCAUCUGAGCAGGGGUUUUGAGGAUUUCAGUGGCACCUAAGUGUUGGACUUAAGCAUCUAAAGGGGCAGUUAGGCACCUAAGUCCCUUUGUGGAUCUAGCCUAAAGUGGCUGUAUCCAUGUCCAAAUACCUGGUCCCUUGAGUCCGUGUGUCCAGAUGUGAAAGGCCACUAUAUUAAAGUGGUGCCAUGUCCAACAUAUGUAUUGUUCAUUAUUAAAUAUUGUAAACUUGUAGUUACAUCUCACUUUUUUUUUUUAAAUGUUGCUCUUAUUGGCAAUGGUAUUCUAAACUGGUGGUUUUCCAGAGCCAAAUUAACUGAGUAUACUUUCAUACAUAUUCUUAUAGCAGACCCUUGCAGUUUUACUGUGUUGUGUUAUACGAGUGCUGUACUGUGAACUCUUUGCAAGGACUGUGCUUUACUAAUUAAAGAGCUAUAAUCUAUCCUCAUAUUCUGGCUGUCAGUGAAGUCCAGAUGUACAUAAUACACUGCCUUUCUGUGUGAUAAUCUCUCCCUCUAGUGUCUUGCCCAAGGAAGCAUAGUAGCCUAUUGACUGGUUUCAGAGUAGCAGCCGUACUCCUUUUCUUUUAGCCUAUUGACUGAAAGUUAAUAUAGUAGAACCUCAGUUAUGAACACCAGAGUUACGAACUGACUGGUCAACCCCACACAUCAUUUGGAAUUGCAGUGAGGUAGCAGCAGAGACACCCUCCCCUCUCCGCCAAAAAGGGAACAUUUAAAAAAAAAAAUUGACAAGGUAGGGAAACUUUCUAUGCUUGUUUCAUUUAAAUUACGAUGGUUAAAAGCAGCAUUUUUCUUCCGCAUAGUAAAGUUUCCAAGCUGUAUUAAGUCAAUGUUCAGUUGUAAACUUUGAAACAACAACCAUAACAUUUUCUUCAGUUACAAACAACCUCCAUUCCCGAGGUGGUCAUAACUCUGAGGUGCUACUGUAGUAGCUCCUUUAGCACAAGCAAAAGAUGCAUGUUCUUGAAGGAUGAAAUUUACCCCAGUGCAGAGGUCCCUAUGUAAGGUAUAUGCAUGCCCACUGCACAGGAGUGAACUUUAUACUGGUGCUGAAGGUCCCAGAUUCAGUCUCCACUGAUGAUUGUGGUGUCUGAACAUAUGCACCCAUGGUUUAUUACGUAUACAGAUCCAAGAGCAGAAUUUAGCCCCCAAAAAGGUACAAACCAAAAAGGUUUGAAGCAACUUAACUGUUUGUCUGUGGCAUCUAAAAGUUUGGUGACAGUACAGCUUGUUCAGGCUACUGUGGCCAAACAUGCAGGUUCUGAAAUUCACAGAUCAUCUCCAGGUUGGCAGCAUCAGCUGUUUUAUUUUUUGUCACUUUUUUUUCCCCCUGUAACAUUUAGUAUUAAGCACAGUGUCUGCUCAGUGAAAUGCUCCAGAAGAUGAUUUUUAAAAAUAAAGGGCACGAGUAGUGAUCUUACUCCCAUUGAAGUCAGUGGAAGAUUUGUCAUUGAUUUAAGUGAAAGGAUCAAUAGUAAAAUCAGUAUUAGAUUGUUGGUAUAGUGACAUUUGUUUUAUGGUAACCUACCUGCAGUGGGUAAAGGAUUUAGUGUUCAUUCUGUAUAACAGCUAUCCGAUGGUGCUUUUGCUUUAUUAAAGUCAGAAGAAAUUUUUUGCUUUAGAGCAGUUAGGCCAGCUUGAAGUAACAAUAUAUUUGCUAAAUAAAUUCUAAUUCUGUAUUUUGAAAAUAUAAAAAAAUGUUCAAGAAGCCAGCUACCUUUUAACAGACAAGAUGUCACUGUACUAAACAGUAGGAAGAUACAUGAAUGUUUAUUUCACAUGGAUUGGGGGAGAGGGAGCGGCCGGCGGUGGAAAUCAGCAUUUUUCUUUUAAAAAAACCUCAGCCUUCCAUUUUCUAAAAUAGGUUUUAGGCCUUAAUCUAGAAGGUUGUGCUGCAGCAGUCUACCAGUCCAGAGUAACAUUUAGGAUCAGGACCUUAAAAAAGUAGUUUUGGAAAAUGGAAGGUUCAGGUUUUUUAUUUAAGUGACAGGCAAUUAAUGUUACUAGUAGCUUGUGGUUUAGCAGACAUAAUAAUAAUAUAGCUGCUAAUCUUUAAUGGUGGUUUAGAUUUGGAAAGAUAAUUACAAACUUAAGACUGGAACCUCAUGAGACAUUUACAUUCUAAAUUAAGUAUACUUUUGUAUAUUGAGUUACUAGGCUUGUUUAUAUAGCACUGAAGGACUUGGUUUUUCUGUGUCAUAUACAAAAGUUUCCUUGAGCAGGACCUCUGAACAUGGAGCAUAUAUAGAAUCAGCUAUUACAUGAGUAUCUUAGGUACAGUAAAAUGUACAAGGGCAGAGCAACUGAAGCUUAUCUAAAACUAUAAAUAUGAUUGUGAACACCACAUUAGAGGCCUUCUGGAGGAAAAAGGUUUGAAUCCUACUUUUAGAAGAGGCUAGUUUCUUGUAUCUUCCUGGGGUCAAAAGGGGAAAAAGUCCAUAUUCCUUGAGCCACAGAGGGAAAAUGGGACAGUAUUUCCCUGCAUUUACAAGUCCUAGGUUCCAACAGCUCGAUCCCUUGAACCUUUGGAGGUACACUAGUUUAUAGGGAACCAGCUGCUCAGAAAUCCUGUUCUGUGUGUAUUCGAUACAGGUAAUUCAUAAUAAAUCACUAAUCAGUUAUGGUUAGAUUCUUUAUAAGUCUAAAUGCAGAAUCUAUGCAGCUAUAACACAUUGGUUUCAGUUAGUGGUCAAAUGUUGGUCCCAGAACAGACAAUCAUGUGUCUGAGUAGAGUCUAAGUAAAAUACCACUUUUUAAAGACUAUCACAGGGACCAUCCCUUUAGAGCAUUAGUGUUCAAAAGCCAAAAGUCUGAAAUAGUUUUUGUUCUAUAUUGAAAUCAGUUCAACUCUCCUUGAUUCACCUGUAUAAUCUGAGUAGUGUGAGAUGUGAAAUAUGGACAGUAGUUUACCAAGGCUGGUUUUACCACUAAGACCUAGUUCUUGGCUAGUUUCAUGACCAUUCCUUUUUUAAUUUAUUAUAAUGAGACUUUUGGGAUCCCUAUGACUCUACAACUGUAGUGGAAUGAGGAGCAGCAGUGUACUUUAGAAGUAAUAAUACAAAGACUAGUAUUGCAGUUAGAGAUUGUAGAACUAUGGCUGGCUCUGUUAUAUAGAAGAGCGCUCAGGAAAAAUGCUUACACUUUGAUCAGAUCAGUAUUUUGUUACCUUUUUGUGCAUUAUAAGAGCAGAGCCUGAGGUAUGUAUGACAAGUAACGGAACUACACUGUCUAAACAACUAGUGUUUACUUUGCUACAACGUCAUAGUCAAGAUUCUCUUUAUGCUUUACGAAGUUUGCAGUUGCUUGUUGUUCAAAACCAAAAGCACUUAGUUUGCAUUUUUAUUUCAGAAAUCUAAGUUGUAAGAGAAAGGUCUUUACUAUAGCUUUAAGGAACACUGCAGACAAAGCGUUACAAAGAGUCCUGGGUAAACCAGCAGAUUACUUUUUCCUUAUUUUACAUGGUGAGUCAGCAUGUAUGUACUAUUGACACCUUAAAUGAACUUUUAAAAGUCUGGCUCUUAAGAAUCAGUCAGCUUAAUGUAGAUUGCAGAAAGUAAUUAGUAACUACAGUCACAAGGCUAGAGAUAGUGAGGUUUUAGCUAUAAAGUUUAAACCUGAGUGUAAUUGUUUUAUUUAUUCUACUUGAUAUAUUCAAUACAGUGCAGCAUUUGCUUGUUUUGAGGAUGCAAAAUAAAGCCCCAUAAUUGAAGGUGAGACACCAUAAUAGCACAGGUUAUAGUCUCUGAGAUUAGAAAGUUACUUUAUCGGGUAUCUACAAUCUAAAACUACAGGGGCCUGUUAGGGAUUAUAAUUCCUUUAUGAUUAUCAGAGGCCCAACAUGUAUUUAGCUUAAUUUUCAUAUUUUAGCAAACAUGGACCCUACUACACAAGGAAAUAAGAUAAAAGCCAUAUAUCCUUGCCUUGUGGAAAGUGUGCGUUUCCCUUCCAUCAUAGAUUACUAUUAGUAUACAAACAUGGUGUUUCAACCUUUGAAGUGUAAUUUUUUUUUUUUUUAAAAUAGCAUCAAGUAGAUCACUUUAACAAGCAGCAUUCAGAGGAACAUUUCAAAUCCCUCCCAAAUCAUAUAUUCUACUUCAAGAAUAGGAAAACCUAUAAUUUUCCUGUAAGGAUCCUAAAUGUCACUCAGCCUCAAUCUCCUUGACAUCAGUGGGAAUUUUGUCUAAGGAGUGCAGUAUUGAGUCCCAUGUUUGCAGCUUCUGGGUUUUAUAAUUAAGUAACAUAUCUGAUAUAGUCAGAAGAUUAGGAAUUCAGUGUUCACAUCCUAUUUAGUUUACCCCUAAUCAGUUUCUAGUUCAAGUUUGUGUUGUACAUUAUGUACGCUGAAUCCAGACUUCAAGCAUAUUUAAACUCAGUUUAAAAUUACUCAAACUUUUAAAAACAAAACUAUACCAAGAUAAAUGAAACAGGUGAUUAAUACAAUUUGCUAUAAAUCUACUGUACAUUUUCUUUAGUACUGUACAAAUGGCAGACAAAACAAUGCCAAAAUAUAUGCAGUCUGGGUCUUCGUUAAAAUGGUUCAUCCUGCAAUGCACCUAAUCAGUUUAAGUAUUUACUAUUUGUAUUUGAAGGUACGCAAUCAAUGAAUCCCAGUAAAAUGUCUAAACACUUAACUCUGCAAACUCUACUGGAAGAAUAUACAGGUGAUGGAUACAGUGGUAAUUUUACAUUGUGAAUGCUAUUUUCAAUACACUAGAAUAAAACUCUAAAUACUAAACACUGUUUGAGGCAUUUUUGUGCACACCACCUCUGAGAAUAUGUAUGAUCCUGAAGGAGGUUUGACCUGCGUCAUUUGCAAGGCCAAUAAGUUCAUAAACAGGGUCAUAAGAAAUCUUAGGCUGAAGUUGACACUUCAUUUCUAUCAGAAGAUGUUAAGGGGACAGAGUUGUUUGGGUCCAAAUUGUAGCCUACAUUAAAAUUGACGGUGUAAAUUCAUACGAUUAUUUUAAAUUCCCCUCUUAUCAGGUUUGUUUUGUUUUUAAAAAUAGCCAACAUUUCCGUUGAAGUAACAUGGCAAGCCGUAUUACACAUUUUAUGCUUCUAGUAAUAAAUACGUUCAAAUCUGUUUAGAAACGGGAGAAGCAAGAAAAAAGUCUAAGUUACUAAGAGGCUGUUUCAAAUUAAAACAGUUUUGUCACUAAGUUACAAUUUCAGGUUGAAUAAACUGUGUAUUAAUCUACAUUUCUGAAGGCAAAAGCCCUGCAAUCGCUGAUCAGUGAACCUUGUCAGGCACAAAAUUAUCUUGCUUGGAGAAAGUUACUUUUCUCUUAUUGUCAUACCUAUUUUUGCAGCUACAGCCAUCUGCCUUGCAUCAGCUUUGUGAAGACUGAAGCCUUUUGUGAUUCCACCUAAAGUAUUGUUUUUAAAAAGCAAUAUUAACCACUGUCCAACUAUACUGACUAUCAGCAUUCAUGGGGCAAACACUCACUAUUAAAAUAAACGUUCAUGUCAUGGUAGGUUUAAAAUAAGCUGUUUUUAUAGGUGAGAAUUUUUCAAUGUAUGCCCAUUCAUUGGACAAGAUGAUGUAUACAAGUUGAACAUGUUCCUUCCCACCCAACUAUAGUAAGACUCAUAUCAAAUCAUAAGUGGAUCCCAGAAGUUUAGUUGUUGCAGUUUUGCAGUAAUUUUCUAGUUCUAAAAUUAGAAUAGCACUUCCUCCCCACCAUAUUUAAAUAAGACAUUACCCAUCUUUAGAAUUUCAUUAAACUAUACAAGCUAGUUUAAA